AUGGUGACGAAGACUUCGCGCCCAGUUCGUUGGCCGGUUCGCCUUUCCGAGGUACUGUACACUUGCACGUUAUUCGUGUCGGUGGCGACACCACUGUCGGAAACCAGUUUGCUCAAUUUCACUGCAAAGUCCACUGACCUAAGCAGCAACAACAGCUCAACGAUAAGAAGGAAAACAUUAAAUUCUAACAGUUCAUCUCAUUUGUUACGACCACGUCGUGAAGUAAUGGAUCGCGACGCUCUGUUAGAUCAGGAUCCAAGAUGUAACGAGUUCGUCCGGUCGCUAUUGAUCCAAUCCACCUCCGGCGUGAAGGACCCGUCAUCUCAACUUCUAACCAGCUUUUUUUCUGUUUCUAUGAGCCACAAACGAAGUCCUGAGUACCGAUUUCAAACUCCAAACUACCCGGAUUAUUUUCCGCAUGACAUGGAUUGUAUUAAAAUAAUCUCUGCUCCGACGAAAGAUCAUCGUAUUCUCUUAAACUUCCGUGGUCUAUUCGAACUUGAACCGGAACCCCACUGUUUGAUGGAUUUUUUUGAAAUUCGCGACGGUGCCUUUGGUUUCUCCCCAAUUCUCGGACGGUAUUGUAGUCGGCGCCUGCCUGAUGUGGGAAAAGGUAUCCUCUCAACGGGUCAGUUUCUAUGGCUCAGGUUUCACAGCGAUUCCACCAUCCGUCACAGGGGAUUUCAAGCGGUUUACCGGUUUCUCGAAAUGCCUUCCCGUCUUCCGGUGGACAAUGUUUACAGAUUUCGAUUUCGAGUUGACCUGAAACCGGGAGAACUUCUGAAUUUGGACGAAAAUUUUCUUUUGGAAAAUAUUCGUGAUUUUCCACCAGAUCUCCAUCAUCUUCCCAUUGAGGCUGCAUUUGAUGUGCGGUCGACAGAUGACACGCAUUUAAUGGUACAUGUGGCCAAUAUCACUGUGCCUCGUGACUUCGCGUGGAGCUGUGAUCCGAGUGAACUUUUGGCCGAGAAUCCACGUGCCCGAUGUCUUUCAGAUAAUCCACUUGUGUUUGGAAUAAAAACCGUGAAGAAGGAAUAUCAUGCCGACAUGGAAGCCACUUUGGACAGACUUCUAAUCCAGGAUCCAAAUUCCAUAGUGGAUGGUCGUAGGACCAGAUUUGAAGUUUAUCCUCAUCGGAGUAUAUCACCAUACUCCCCGCCGUGCCCAAAGAUUCGACGGUUUUGCGACCGUUCAGUUGGAAUUCUAAACCAGGACGCCAAGCGUGAAUCCGAUAGGGACUUUUACACCCGAAAGCCACGCGUUGUGUUCCGCAUUCUUAUACCCUCCCCAGUGCAAAAGCCAAACUCCGCACACGCAAGAGUAUGGCGAAAAGCUGUAAACACCACUCAAUUGAACCAGGAACCGAAGAGAAGCGUGCGGGGCGCAACACCUACGUUGAGACUUCCACAAAUGCCAACAUUUCAAUUUCAUACGACAGUACUUCAGAAGAUCAGCCAAAAUCCUAACGCCCCCUGUGAUGAGGACUGGGUGGCUUGCGAUGCGGAAACAUGUGUACCCAAGAAAUUUUGGUGCGACAACACAAUCAACUGUCCACAAUGGCAGGAUGAAGGACCACAGUGUGAAAUAAAUGAAAUGAAAUCGACGGGAGGAAUUGGGAAGAGCAGUUACGAGUUGAGAAAAGAACAGGAGAAGCGAGAAGCCGAUGAGGAGCAAAUGGCCGCUCAAAUGCUCCACCUGUCCAUUCUUGGAACUCUGGGUCUCAUACUUCUCAUAAUUACAACCACGUGCAUAGUGAUGACGAUGCGACGCAGAAAAAAAGAGAAGCGGAAGCAUAGCUUGAGGUCGAAAACAAACAUCUCAACAUCUGGCGGCUCACCAAAUCGCUUGGGACCACGGCUCAAUCACGUUCUGUCUACCGAUGCCCUAUUGGAAACAGACGAACAUCGCAGCAAAGGUAAGACACAAAAACCGGUGACUAUCAAGAUCAACUCAGUUCAAGGAAGACAACGUUCUCAGGGAGAGUCGGGUGCAGAACGAAAGACAAAAGAGAAAACAACAGCCGCUACCGUACCCAAUCUGUGGCAGUAUCAACAGUCGGAUCGACCAGUAAGAAAGCUUGAUGUUCAGCUCGGUGACCAGGUGAAUCACACUGUACCAGCUAAUUUGUUUUCCAGAGAACGGCCACCAACAAUGAGCAAAGAGGAGGGCAUCAGAAAGGGCAAUCAAGUGACACUACGAAGCCCUGUGACUUCAGGAGCCCGAGGCACUCAGUGGCAUGGGACCACGUUGACAGAUGUACAGAAUACUGAAGCGACACGAGUAGCUGGCGCGGCGGUGAACGUGUCACAGAUGGUCUGUGGAACAACAUCGGCGAACAACACAGUCAGUUCAACGUAUGAACAGUCUAGAGGAUCAGGAGCAUGGAGACUCGGAGUUGGUUCACCAAGAUACAGAGAGGCUCAGCCUUCAAAGUACAGUGCAGCAACAGCUUCACCGGCGGACGAGCAGUGGGUCCCGGGACUAGCGGUGAGCACAUCAUGGAAAUCUCAGAUGAAAUCUUGGCAACUCAAUAAUGGUAUGCAAUCGUACAGCAAGAGUUCUCUGAAUGAACCCAAAAUCACAGUACGGUCUGUACUCAGUUGGACUCAAACACCGGGUGGUCAACAUGCUGCCAACUGCCGCUUGGUCAGUCGAACUCAAUCAUGGGGAGACGGAAUGAGGACGGCUGGCGCUUACAGUUGUCGCAGUGACAAAUGGGGUGCAAUGCACUCCUUGGAUAGCGAACAAGUCAUGCCUAUGGAAAAAGGUCGAGUAACCACAAGAGAGGGGCAAAGAACAGGAUUCUUUCCGAACGUGAAUAUGACACCGAUAGGAGCAGAGAGGCUUGUGCCAAGGAGAAUGCAACCUAGUGCCUACAGUAUGCCGGCUUUUGUCAGUAUGCCUAAUGUCAAUGGGUCCCGAUCGAGACAACCCAGUUUUGAAGAGGAAUGUCCUAAAGAAGGGGUUACACAGGGCUGUAAACCGCCUUCAGCGAAGCGACCAAGAUUGAACGCGGUGAAACAGGAGGCGGAGGCCAGGUGGAUCCCAACGGGUUACCCCACAGACACGGAUGGAGAGUGGUCCAGCGGAACCGCAAUGAUGGAUGAUAACGGUUCAUUGAUGAGCGACAGCGCGAUGCCAGAGAUGCAGGAUAAUCCGGGUGCCCAAUCCAGAGCAACAGGUUGCGUGCCGUUCAUCGAAUACAGUCCUUACAAGGCGCCAAGACCACUGAGUAAUAUGGGAGUUUGUACACCAACAGAUCCACUGGUCAACAACACGUUUGGAGGGCAAAAUGCAUACGAUAUGCAAAAUAGCACAGAAGGACAAUCGAGUGAAUCGGCCACAUAUCGCUCCCAGAGUGGAGCCAGUGCAGACGAUCCAUACAGAUCUCCAAGAAAUGAUCCACGUUCAUGGAGUGAUUACAGUGCCAAUUCAGACAAACAAUCGCCGGCCAACCGUUUCCAUGAGGAGCUCAACACGGAAUCUCCAUCAUCGAAAGAAUCUUUCAUAGCAGAGCAGAUGCAACAAAUCUCACCCACCAUCCGAAUGCUUCAGACAAAGGCUACAAAGAGCAGACCUCCAUCGGACGUUAUGGUGUAUGAAUACGAAGCCUGA